UCCCGCCGCCUCCCCGGGUCUGCCCCCAUCCCGCCCCCCCGCUGCCCCCGGCCCCUGCACCCCGGCGCGCCCGGUCCCGCUCUGGGGGGGUUGGUGGCUUCGCUUUGCCAUGAGUUUACCGCAGAAACCGGCUCUGAAAUCAGGCUCAGCGGCUGCAGCAGGACCCGGACCCGGCACCGGAGCGGCGGCGGCGGCGGCGGCAGCAGCGGUACCGCCUCCUCACCCGGCGGCGGCGGCGGCGGCAGCGGCGGCGGCGGCAGCAGCAGCGGCGGCGGCGGCUCCUCCUCACCCGAACAUCAGGGCCCUCCAGACCCAGGCGCCCCAACAAAUUCCCAGAGGUCCUGUGCAGCAGCCCCUCGAGGAUCGAAUCUUCACUCCCACAGUCUCAGCAGUCUACAGCACGGUAACACAAGUCGCAAGACAGCAGGGGCCCCCAACCCCUUCCCCUUAUUCAGCACAUGAGAUAAACAAGGGGCAUCCAAAUCUUGCGGCAACGCCCCCGGGACAUGCAUCGUCCCCUGGACUCUCUCAAAGCCCUUAUCCCUCUGGACAGAAUGCAGGUCCAACCACGUUGGUAUACCCUCAAGCCCCUCAGACAAUGAAUUCACAACCUCAGACCCGUUCUCCGCCCAGCAGAACAGUGCCAAUACAUUGCACAGACAACUGGAAGAGGAGGAAGGUUUUGGAACAGACUCCCGUUUACAGGUCCCUGGCUGGAAGAGGCUGGAUAAAAUACUGCAUUUUUGCAGCGGGGCCUCGACCUGCCCAUCAUCAGUUUUUCCAGAGGCCUCAAAUACAGCCUCCUAGAGCUACCAUCCCGAAUAGCAGUCCUUCCAUUCGUCCUGGUGCACAGACACCCACCGCUGUGUAUCAGGCCAAUCAGCACAUCAUGAUGGUUAACCAUCUGCCCAUGCCAUACCCAGUUCCCCAAGGUCCGCAGUACUGUAUACCACAGUACCGUCAUAGUGGCCCUCCUUAUGUUGGACCCCCACAGCAGUAUCCUGUUCAACCACCUGGGCCAGGCCCUUUCUAUCCUGGACCAGGACCUGGUGACUUCCCCAGUGCUUAUGGAACACCUUUUUAUCCAAGUCAACCAGUGUAUCAGUCAGCACCUAUUAUUGUGCCUACGCAGCAACAGCCUCCUCCAACCAAGAGAGAGAAAAAAACUAUAAGAAUUCGGGAUCCAAACCAGGGAGGUAAAGAUAUAACAGAGGAGAUUAUGUCUGGAGGUGGCAGCAGAAACCCUACUCCACCCAUAGGAAGACCCACAACCACACCCACUCCUCCUCAGCAGCUGCCCAGCCAGGUCCCCGAGCACAGCCCUGUGGUUUAUGGGACUGUGGAGAGCGCUCAUCUUGCUGCCAGCACCCCUGUCACUGCAGCUAGCGACCAGAAGCAAGAAGAGAAGCCAAAACCAGAUGCACUGUUAAAGUCUCCCUCCGCAGUUUGUAGGCUCGUCCUCAGUGGGGAAAAGAAAGAACAAACAGGCCAGACAUCAGAACCCACUGCUGUAGAGUCCGGACCUGAGCUUUCUCUGCCUCCAUCACCUACCACUGUUCCUCCAGUUGCUCGAAGCACAAUUGCUUCUCCCAGUUCCGCUGCUCUUAGUAGCCAGCCAUUAUUCACUACUGCUGUAGAUGACAGAUGUGAACUCUCUUCCUCAAAAGAAGACACAGCCCCUACACCUAGCUCCACGUCUUGCACAGAAACAUCAGACCCUUCACCAACAGAUGAGGCUGACAGUGAUAUAUGCAAGAAACCUUGUAGUUCAGCCCUUAAUGAUAUUCCACUGAUUUCUAAUACUAACGUAAUUAAUGAGAUGAAUGGAGUUAGUGAGAAAUUGCCAGCUGCAGAAAGCAUUGUGGAAAUAGUGAAAAAGGAAGUGUUACCAUUGACACUCGAAUUGGAAAUUUUGGAAAAUCCUCCAGAAGAUAUGAAAAUGGAAUGUAUCCCAGCUCCCAUCACCCCUUCUGCAGUUCCUUCCUUUUCUCCAGCUCCUCCAACUCCUCCAGCUUCCCCUCCUCCGACUCCAGUCUUCCUUCCUGCUGCAGCCACGACGUUCAGUGCUCCCACCGCAGUCCAGAGGGUCUUAGAAGAAGAAGAGAGCAUGAGAACUUGUCUUAGUGAAGACUCAAAAGAGACUCAAAACAAAAUAGAGUUAGAAGCAGAUGGGCAAACAGAAGAGAUUAUGGAUUCUCAGAACUUAAAUGCAAGAAAGAGCCCUGCCUCAGCUCAGACAGCUAUAACUACACCAAAGACAUGGAAGAAACCAAAAGAUCGGACCCAAACCACUGAAGAGGUGUUAGAGGCAGAUUUGGAGCCUAAAGCUGAAGAGGAGCUUUCAGCUGACAAAGUACUUGAAUCUGAACAGGAUCAAAUGAGCCACGGGUUUCAUCCUGAAAGAGAUCCCUCUGACUUAAAAUCACUGAAAGCUGUGGAAGAAAAUGGAGAAGAAGUGGAGCCUAUACGUAAUGGUGCUGAGAGUACUUCUGAGGGUGAAGGAGCAGACGCUCACUCAGGCUCCGCUGAUAGUUCUGGUGAUGGGGUCACAUUCCCGUUUAAACCAGAAAUCUGGAAGCCUGCUGAUACUGAAGGAAAGAAGCAGUAUGACAGGGAGUUUCUGCUGGACUUCCAGUUCAUGCCAGCCUGUAUACAGAAGCCAGAGGGUCUGCCUCCCAUCAGUGAUGUGGUUCUGGACAAGAUCAAUCAACCUAAAUUGCCAAUGCGAACUCUGGAUCCUCGGAUUUUGCCUCGAGGACCAGACUUUACUCCAGCCUUUGCAGAUUUUGGAAGGCAGACACCUGGUGGAAGAGGUGUACCUAUUUGCAAAGUGCAGAGCAGGCAAGGAUUGCCAAUUCUGGAACAGAGCAAAGCCCCUACUUGUACUCCACUGGCGAUGUCGCAUCCACCCCUGAAGAGCCUGCCUCUAGGGCUGUUGAACAUUGGCACACGGAGAUCUCAGCCUGGCCAAAGGAGAGAGCCCAGAAAGAUCAUCACCGUGUCUGUAAAAGAAGAUGUUCACCUGAAAAAGGCAGAGAAUGCCUGGAAGCCCAGCCAGAAGCGUGACAGCCAAGCUGAGGAUCCUGAAAACAUUAAAACUCAGGAGCUUUUUAGAAAAGUUCGAAGUAUAUUAAAUAAAUUGACACCACAGAUGUUCAACCAGCUGAUGAAGCAAGUGUCAGGUCUUACUGUUGACACAGAGGAGCGGCUGAAAGGAGUCAUUGACCUGGUGUUCGAGAAGGCUAUUGAUGAACCCAGUUUCUCUGUGGCUUACGCAAACAUGUGUCGAUGUCUAGUAACGCUGAAAGUACCCAUGGCAGACAAGCCUGGGAACACAGUAAACUUUCGAAAAUUGCUGCUGAAUCGUUGCCAGAAGGAAUUUGAAAAAGAUAAAGCAGAUGAUGAUGUUUUUGAGAAGAAGCAGAAAGAGCUCGAGGCUGCCAGUGCUCCAGAGGAGAGGACAAGGCUUCAUGAUGAACUGGAAGAAGCCAAGGACAAAGCCCGACGAAGAUCCAUUGGUAACAUCAAGUUUAUUGGAGAACUCUUUAAACUCAAAAUGCUGACAGAAGCCAUCAUGCAUGACUGUGUGGUGAAGCUGCUGAAGCACCAUGAUGAGGAAUCCCUGGAGUGCCUGUGUCGCCUGCUCACCACUAUUGGCAAGGACUUGGACUUUGAGAAAGCAAAGCCACGUAUGGACCAGUACUUUAAUCAAAUGGAAAAAAUUGUGAAGGAAAGAAAAACUUCAUCUAGAAUUCGAUUCAUGCUGCAAGAUGUGAUAGACUUAAGACUGUGUAAUUGGGUGUCUCGAAGAGCAGAUCAAGGGCCUAAAACUAUUGAGCAGAUUCACAAAGAAGCUAAAAUAGAAGAGCAAGAAGAACAGAGGAAGGUCCAGCAGCUCAUGACCAAGGAGAAAAGAAGACCAGGUGUCCAGAGAGUGGAUGAAGGUGGGUGGAACACUGUACAAGGGGCCAAGAACAGUCGGGUUCUAGACCCCUCAAAAUUCCUGAAAAUCACCAAGCCCACAAUUGAUGAGAAAAUCCAGCUGGUCCCCAAAGCACAGCUGGGAAGCUGGGGUAAAGGCAGCAGUGGUGGCGCAAAGGCAAGCGAGACUGAUGCCUUACGGUCAAGUGCUUCCAGUUUAAACAGAUUCUCUGCUCUGCAACCAGCUCCCUCAGGGUCCACAUCGUCCACACCGUUAGAGUUUGACUCCCGAAGGACCUUAACCAGUCGUGGAAGUAUGGGCCGGGAGAAGAAUGACAAAGCCCUUGCCUCUGCCACCGUGCGUCCAAACACCUUCAUGAGGGGAGGCAGCAGUAAAGACCUGCUGGACAAUCAGUCUCAGGAAGAACAGAGGAGGGAGAUGCUGGAGACAGUGAAGCAGCUCACCGGAGGCGCAGACGCCGAGGCGGAGCGCAGCAAGGCACGGGAGUCAGUAAUGAAACCAGAAACUUCAGCAAUGUCGGUCCCUGAGAAGCCUGCAUUUUCAGAAGAUGAGAUGGAGAGAAAGUCCAAAUCUAUCAUUGAUGAGUUUCUACACAUUAAUGAUUUUAAGGAAGCCAUGCAGUGUGUGGAAGAGCUGAAUGCCCACGAGCUGCUACAUGUUUUUGUGAGAGUGGGAGUGGAGUCCACUCUGGAAAGGAGCCAGAUCACCAGGGAUCACAUGGGCCAGUUACUCCAUCAACUGGUGCAGUCAGGCAAGCUCAGCAAACACAACUAUUUCAAAGGGUUCUCAGAAACCUUAGAAUUAGCAGACGACAUGGCCAUUGAUAUUCCCCAUAUUUGGUUGUACCUUGCUGAACUGGUUACUCCCAUGUUAAAAGAAGGCGGAAUCUCCAUGAGAGAACUUAUCAUAGAAUUUAGCAAACCUUUACUUCCUGUUGGAAGAGCAGGGGUCUUGCUUUCUGAAAUAUUGCACCUUCUAUGCAAGCAAAUGAGCCAUAAGAAAGUGGGAGUCUUGUGGAGGGAAGCUGACCUGAACUGGAAGGACUUUUUACCAGAAGGGGAAGAUGUACAUAAUUUUCUCCUGGAGAAGAAGUUGGACUUCAUAGAGUCUGAUAGUUCCUGUUCCUCCGAAGCACUUUCAAAGAAAGAACUCUCAGCUGAAGAACUCUCCAAGCGACUCGAGAAGCUCAUUGUUGAGGACAAAGCAAACGACGAGCAGAUCUUUGACUGGGUAGAGGCUAACCUGGAUGAAAGCCAGAUGAGCUCACCAACAUUCCUUCGAGCUUUAAUGACGGCCGUUUGUAAAGCAGCAAUUAUUGCUGACUGCUCUACUUUCCGGGUGGACACUGCUGUUAUCAAGCAGAGAGUGCCGAUCUUACUCAAGUACCUGGACUCAGACACGGAGAAGGAGCUGCAAGCACUUUAUGCACUACAAGCAUCAAUAGUAAAACUUGAUCAACCAGCCAAUCUGCUCCGGAUGUUUUUUGACUGCCUGUAUGAUGAGGAGGUGAUCUCGGAAGACGCGUUUUACAGGUGGGAAAGCAGCAAGGACCCUGCCGAGCAGCACGGGAAGGGCGUCGCACUGAAAUCGGUCACCGCCUUCUUCACGUGGCUGCGGGAAGCAGAGGAGGAGUCCGAGGACAACUGACACUUCAAAUACACGAAAGGAAAUGAAAGAAACAAUUUAAGUAUUUUUUUAAAAAAAAAAAGUUUCACGUCUUCGCCAAUCACAGUGCAGCAAGGCCAAUUCUCGCAGAGCCCCCAACACGUGCACGAGUGGGGGAGGGAAGGAGCAGGGGUGACCCUGGAGCAGACAGGUGCUGCAGCCUGCAGCCUGAGGGCGGGAGCACUAAAACCAAAACCCACCCAUUAUUUAUAGAGAAUAUUUUCUGUUUUAAUCUUUCUUUUUAAACAAGGACUCAUACUUUAAAAAAAAAAGUUUAGCAGACAAAAAAAGUUGAGGACUUUUAAUUUAUUUUAAGGACUGCUGCAAAUGCCAGUGUAAUUUUUUAAUUUGCAGUUUCUGUAAACAACUUGUAUAAUAGAAGCGCAGAGAAACAAACGUUCCCUGGGCCUCCUCCCCCCGCCCCAGACGCACCACGCGUUUGUUUUAAGGCCUAGUGCUUAGUUGAGUUAAGAUGGUUUGGGGUGAACAAGGUCAGAAAGAUUGUUUUGGGUUUGGUGGUUUCUUUUUUUUUUUUUCGGCAUCAAAUCUUUCUGCCUGCCUCUCAGCUUGCUUCAGAAAAUUAUAAAAAAAAAAAAAUCACAAUAGUAAUCAAAAACAUACAUAACCUUGGAACAGAAGGAAAUGCUGUGGACCAGAGAACUCCAAGAAUUGUUCGAAAGAAAAAGUGCUACCCUGGGAAAAGUACUCUUAAUACUUUUGAAAUCUUUAGAGCAACUUUAAGGCUUGUAAAUACAUAGAACAAAUAUUUAAAAAGCAAAAAGAAAUUGACUCAAUACUAUUUCUUUUCACUUUCGAAAUAUAAAGAACAAAAUAAAGACAAACAUUGCAAGUUUAAAA